AUGAUCCCGGGAGCUUGUUGGAGAUGUUUACUCCUCUCCUUCUUUUUUCUAAGGGGGUCUGCACAGAAUUUUGCACAAACGAGGUUUAUCUGCACUUCAGUGCCUGUGGACAUGGAUAUGUGCACUUCUUCAAUGCAGAACAGUGGUCCCACAGAAGACUUGAAGACCACCGUUUUACAGCUAAGAGAGACGGUCAUCCAGCAGAAAGAGACUAUCAUGAAUCAAAAGGAUACCAUCAGGGACCUGACGGGCAAACUGGCCAGGUGCGAGGGGCAGACCAUUCUGGAGAUUCCUCCUAGUGAACCCAAAGGUGGCACCCCAGGUUCCAGGAAAAAAGAGACAGGGACUACCAAAAACACCAUGGGAGACCUGUCCAGGACCCCGACGGCCGAGACCCUUACCCAGCUUGGGCAGACUCUGCAAAGUCUGAAGACCAGGCUGGAAAACUUGGAGCAGUACAGCAGAGGCAAUGCUUCUGCCCAAGCCACCAGCCUAAAAGAUUUGCUGCAAACCAAGAUCGAUGACCUGGAGAAGCAAGUUCUUUCCAGGGUGAACAACCUAGAAGAAGGCAAGGUGAACCUGAAGAAUGAGACGGAGCUGAGAGGAAAGAUUGAGAGCGCCCUGACAUCCCUACAGCAGAGGAUCACAGAUCUGGAGAAAGGUCAAAAGGAGAGCAGACCUGCAGACAAGUUCCAGCUCACGUUCCCUCUGCGGACGAACUACAUGUAUGCCAAAGUGAAAAAGAGUCUGCCGGAAAUGUACGCCUUCACUGUCUGCAUGUGGCUGAAGUCCAACGCUUCCCCGGGUGUUGGCACCCCAUUUUCCUAUGCAGUGCCUGGCCAAGCCAAUGAACUGGUGCUCAUUGAAUGGGGGAACAACCCAAUGGAAAUAUUAAUUAAUGACAAGGUGGCGAAGUUGCCCUUUGUGAUCAACGAUGGCAAGUGGCAUCACAUCUGCAUUGCCUGGACCACGAGAGACGGAGUGUGGGAAGCCUAUCAGGAUGGAGUAUUAAGGGGAAAUGGGGAAAACCUGGCUCCUUACCACCCUAUCAAACACCAGGGAGUGCUGGUGAUAGGUCAAGAGCAGGACACCCUAGGAGGCGGAUUUGAUGCCACCCAGGCUUUUGUAGGGGAACUGGCCCAUUUCAAUAUGUGGGAUAGAAAACUCACGGUCGGAGAAGUCUAUAACCUGGCAACCUGCAGCAACAAAGCACUGACUGGUAAUGUCAUUAGCUGGGCCGAGACCAACGUCGAGAUCUUCGGUGGCGCCACCAAGUGGACAUUCGAUGCAUGCCGUCAGAUUAACUGAACAGAUUGCCGAUCUGGAUCUCACGUUUUACAGCUUCUAAAUGAUAUCAUCAGCGUCAUCCUGCACCUGCCUUUCAAAUGAGGGCUCAUCAGCCACGAGGGGGUUUCCUUUUUUUUUUUUUCGGGGAAAAAAAAUAUAAAAAAACUAUUCCGGAACUGUUCACUUCUUUUAUCCAUCAAUCACACUUUGAAC